AUGGUACAUCAGGAAUUACACUCACUCUUUGUAAUCGCCCGUGUAAUGACCUGUAACAUAGUCAAAAGGAUACCUGCGGUUACCUUUGGAAUUCAUAUUAUAAUUCAUAUUAUUUGUUUGGUCGUUGACCCCGCAGAACCUAAUGUUAGGGCGAAAAGUUCAUCUUCUCGAAAGAAUCUUCGCUUAUUUAAUAGAAAUACUCAAUCUCACGUCAUAGAGAAUAACUAUUGCUAUAUUUGUGAAGUAAAAGUAAGUUCAUCGGCUAAACAUUGCAGCGCAUGCAAUAAAUGUGUAUCACAAUUUGAUCAUCACUGUAAAUGGUUGAAUAACUGUGUAGGGGGAAGAAACUACAGAUUGUUUCUCGUCUGCAUUUUUACGGCAUUUGUGUCGACAGCUUUUAUUUUUGGUAUAGCAUUAUAUCAGUUCAUUGCCUACUUCGUUGAUAUCCAAUCUAUUAAAGGAAAUAAUUUCACUAUCUUUGGUGUCGUACCCGAUGCAGCCUAUCCCAUUGUUAUAGGCAUAUUAGGGCUACUAGCUCUAGUGGCUUCAGGAUUAGUGGGCCACCUAUUCUUUUUUCAUGUACAUUUAAUUGUUAAUGGUUUAACUACAUACGCUUAUAUUGUUGGUGAACGAGAACGUACUAAAGAACCUGAAGAGACUGAUAGUACGAAAAGUGAAGAUCGAAAGGAAGGUUGUUGCUUACGGCGAAAGGUAAAAGUCUCCCCCGAUGAUUUAGAAUGCGGCAAUGGGAAUCAGCUUGAAGAAUCAAUUCACGAAGAAAUUGAUACCAUAAAAAACAGAGCUAGCAUCAAACCUAAAUUAAAUGGCACCUCCAUUAGAGGUCAACAGUCUUCCCCUCGUAGAAAACAAUUCCGUCAUCAAAAUAUUAAAGAUUCUAAAAAUCUCGACGAUGACGACUCUCAAAAGAGCGAACCUAUCCAUUUAUCCACGAAGUACGAUAAUUCGUCCGGAGACAUUAUAAAUGACAGAAAAGCCGAUGAAAAAGAUUAUCAAACUGAGAGUGAUGUUUAUUCUGCAUCAGAUCAUAAAGAUACUAAACCUUUACUACAUAAACAUAACACUGAAGACCAGUAUAGAAAAGCAAAAAAUGAUCAACUAAAAGAUCAUAGAAAUGAUAAAUGGAAUAAUGACUCUAACGUAUUGAAAUCUUAUGGCCAUCAUGGUCACCGCCAUACAGAAAGAGAUGAUGAUGGGUUAAGAGGAUCGCAUGAUGCUCAAACGUAUGUAAAUAAUGAUAAUCAGCAACACGUGGAGAGGCCUCAUAGCAAUGGUCGUAUAGUUCACCAUGAAGAAGGAUCCUCUGGCGAAUCAUUACAUGAAAUACCGGUGUCAGAAAUUACUGCUAAUAGCGAUCAAAUAGGAACCACUUAUGUUGACGUCGAAAAUGUUAUUUCUCCUUCCAUGUCUGUACAAAGUAAACUAGUACCAGAAUUAAAUCAAACUUCAAGACCUGAUACCGAAGAAACUUUUCACAACAAGCCGCGUGGUCGUCCUUUGCCUCCUUUGUCGCCAAGAGCUACUGAAGAUGGAAGGAUCACGCCAAUAUCUGCUGAUUCUCCUAUUAAUAUGCAACCGCAGAGAACGUUGCAUUCGUCUGAAUCUCAAAGGCGGAAAUCACCUAGAUCACCAAGAUCACCAAGAUCUCCUCGGUCGCGAAAAUAUUCUUCACCGCGAGUUCAAUCCGCAGAAAGUAAUAGAAUAGCCGAAAAUUCUCCUCGACCUGACUCUGUUGGCGAAUAUCCACUUUCGAAAUCUCGAUCACCGAAUUCAUCUGCACGAUCUUCACCCAGAUCACGGUUGAGUAAAGAAUCUUCGAACCAUUCGAUAUCGACAAAAACAAAGUUACGAAAACCAGGUCGAGAGAUAUCAUCGGCGUCAUCAUCAAUAACUAAUCCAAUUUCCUUAGUAAAUGAUAGGAUUAAUAGCCCAGCACAAAGCAAUGGAAGUCCUAGGAGAAAGAAAAAGAGAAAGCCUAUCAAUUCAGCAUCAGCUAGCGAUGAAACUGCAUUUAGAAAGCCUAAUUUAAGUAAAAAUUCUAGUCUACCUCGCUCAUCAGAAGCAUCACCUAGACCUACACGAUUACCAUCAGUCAAGGUAAAAAGCAAAGCUGUUCGGUCACUACCCCAAGAAAAUUUAAAUAGCUAA